ACCUAUAGUAAGCGCCACACCAAGUCGCACACCGUCUGCCGGCGAUGCGGCAACCGCGCCUUCCACAGGCAGCACAAAACUUGCGCACAGUGCGGCUACCCCUCCGCCAAGCUUCGCUCGUAUGAGUGGGGCCAGAAGGCCAAGCGCCGAAAGACCACCGGUACUGGUCGCAUGCGCUCCCUCAAGGAGGUCUCGCGGAGAUUCAAGAACGGCUUCAGAGAAAACACCGUCGCCAAGAAGCGUACCCGCAAGUCAGCUGAGGCAUCAGCAUGA